GCGUGACGCCAUCUUAACGCGACAAACAGUAACACGAUUCUAGCGUCCGUCCAACUGCCUAGAUAUAUACAAGACUUCAUUCCUCUGAAUGAAUCAAUAAAUGAAUCUUAAUAUGAUUUACGGGCUUGUGUCCAGACUCGGGACUUCCGGAGAAUGAGCCGGUGGUCUUUGAACGGCUCAAUAUGGCUGCUGCUCGGACUCUGCAGGAGUUUGUAUCCGCCGCUGCCUCUCUGCACCCCGACAGAGCAGCUGUGACAUAUGACAGCGGGUCAGAGUCAGACAGCCCGGUGUCUUUGCUCUACAGAGAUCUGGUUCAACUGUCCGGUGAACUGUCUCAUAUCCUACGACAGACCUGCUCUCCUAAUAACGGCCUGAUCGGACUGUAUUGUUGUGAUGAUGUGUUCAUACCUGUGUGGAUUCUGGGGAUCCUGCAGACACCUGCUGCUUAUGUCCCUCUGGACCCAGAAGCUCCAGGACAUCUCUCUGCCAGAGUCAUGACCCAGUGUGGCCUCAAGUACUGUGCUGUGAAGACCGACACCCUGCAGGGAUUCCAGGCAGCUCUCGCCCAACAUGUGUCUGUGGAGGUUUGUGUGGUGUUGCCAAAGUUCAAACUCACCCUGAUACGAGCUGAGCUGCUGCCAGUCACUGAGCACCGACCAGGACCGGAGCAAACCGGAGCUCAGACAGCAGAUGGUGCUGGUUUGAAGGAGGAUGUGCACAAAGACUUGGCGUAUGUGCUGCACACAUCUGGAACUACUGGCCUUCCGAAGAUCGUGAGGGUGCCGCACAAGUGUAUACUCCCCAAUAUACAGCACCUGAGAUCUUUGUUUCAGAUGAGUGCAGACGAUGUGGUUUUCCUCGCCUCGCCCUUAACCUUUGACCCCUCUGUGGUGGAUAUGUUCCUGGCCUUAUCAUCCGGGGCUCAGCUCCUCAUCGUCCCCACUGUGAUUAAGAAAAUGCCCAGUCGACUGGCUCGACUUCUGUUCAGGAAUCACAAGACGACCGUCCUGCAGGUCACACCGACACUGCUCACCCGCUUCAAGCGCCUUAUCCUAAAACAGGAAGUGUUGUCAUCUGGCUCCUCGUUGCGUGUGUUGGCUCUGGGUGGAGAGGCCUGCCCCUUGCCAGCUCUGCUGAGGACCUGGAGGCACGAGGACAACAAAACCCACAUCUACAAUAUCUACGGUGUCACUGAAGUGUCCUGCUGGGCCUGCUCUUAUAAAAUACCAGAGUCUCUACUGCAGUCUGACAACCUCGCAUCGUCCUUUGUGCCUCUUGGGACUCCCCUGAUGGACACAGUGGUGGAAGUAAGAGAUGAACACGGCCGAAUUGUUACAGAGGGCGAAGGUCAGGUGUUCAUAGGUGGAGAGGACAGAGUGUGUCUCCUGGAUGAUGAGGAGACCGUUGUCCCUGGGACGAUGAGAGCGACUGGAGACUGGGUGAACGUUGAAGACAUGCAGCUGUACUACCUGGGACGCAGAGACAGGCUGAUCAAACGCCACGGCAAACGAGUCAACUUGGACAGCCUGCAGCAACUUAUACAGAGUCUGCCCCAGGUGGAGGCCUGUGCCGUGGUUCUGCACGAAGCCUCUCGACUGCUCGCCUUUGUUGUGGCGUCCACAUCUGGAGACCAAAAAGCAGAUUCUCCUCUCACAUCUGUACCGGGGCAUGCGGAACAAACAGCCUCAGCCGAGCGUGGUGAAGACCUCCCCUCUGCUGUAAAGCACCGUCAGGAGGAGCCGGGCGGCACAGAUGGAGAUCUGAGCAGACUCAUCCUGAACCAGCUGUCUCUGCUGCUGCCGUCUUACAGCGUUCCCGACACGCUGCUGCUGGUCCCGGCCUUGUGUUUGACUCCUCAUGGCAAAGUGGACGUGAAGGCACUUCUAGAUAUUUACCAAAGACAGAGACGGUGUUUAGAGUCUUCACAGGGAGAUUUCAACAAACUGAAGCAAACCCUGCAGUCCUUGUGGCAGAAAGCUCUAGAUCUGCCUGAAGAUGAAACCAUCAACGAGGAAUCCAACUUCCUGUUGAGUGGAGGAGAUUCUCUGAAGGCACUACACCUGUGUGAAGACAUCCUCGCUGCUGUGGGAGCGACCUCACCAGAGCUUUUGGAGGUUAUACUUGACGGGACCUUCUCAGAUGUGCUGCGGCAUGUUGAGAGAGUUACACUGACGGCGCCACUUGAGAACAGCCGGUCUUCUCCGUUUGAGGCCAAGAAACGCCACUCUGACGCUCCCCCUGUGGUGCCAGCGAAGAGAGGACGCACAGAUUCCACAGCAGCAGAGAGGCCGCAGGGGGAGACGUGGGCUGUUAAAGUUAUAAGACGAGCAGGAGAGGUGAUGGAGAUGCAAAACAGACGUCCACAGACUAAUGGAAACUUUAAGGCUGAUGCACCUGGCGUGAAGGAUCCCAGUAAGAAAUGCAGAGAUGAUGUUCUGGGCCUCAGUCUGAGCUGGUCCUCAGACACAGGCAGAUGUGUGGACGCCUCCCCGGUGCUUCUGGUACAACACAGAACAGAUGUGAAGUCAGCAACAGUGUUCAUCGGCUCCCACUCUCACAGGAUCCAGGCUUUAGACCUGACCACCGGGAGCCUUCUGUGGGAGCGAGUUCUUGGGGACAGAAUCGAAGCCUCAGCCACGGUGUCUCGCUGCGGGAGCCUCGUGGUCAUAGGUUGCUACGAUGGCUGUGUGUAUUUCCUGUGUGCCACGUCUGGAGAGACAUGUUGGAAGUUUGAGACAGGAGACGCUGUGAAGAGCUGUCCUGCUGUGGAUCCCCUCACAGGUCUGGUGAUAGUCGGCUCACAUGAUGGGCACGUUUACGCCCUGGACCCAAAGGUCCAGCAGUGUGUUUGGAGGCGUCACUGUGGGGGUGGAGCUGUGUUUUCCUCACCCUACCUCCACACCUCACUCAGACGGCUGUAUGCAGCGUCACUGGGAGGUCACCUCCUCUCUCUUAACCCUGACAGCGGAGAGGUCCUGUGGUCGUACCGUAGAGACACCCCGUUCUUCUCUUCACCAAACGCCUCCUCUGGUCAGGUGGUGAUCGGAUCGGUGGACAAAAACAUCUGCUGCUUCAGCAACUCAGGGACACUGGUUUGGCAGUUUUUAACAGAGGGACCCGUCUUCUCCUCUCCGUGCGUCACGCCAGACCGGCAGAGGCUUCUGUGUGGAUCACAUGACGGCCGUCUGUACUGUUUGAACUGUGACGACGGCUCUUUAGUUUGGACGUUCCAGACCACAGGGAAGGUGUACUCCAGUCCGUGUGUGUUUGAUGGCUCUGUCGUGGGCAGGAGGGGGAAUCUGGUGGCUCUGGCCUCCACAGACGGCACAGUGUGGGUCUUAGAUGAACAAGAUGGACGAAUGCUGGCGUCGUUCACUCUACCCGGGGAACUGUUUUCAUCCCCAGUGGUGUAUGAACGCUCCCUCGUAGUCGGGUGCCGCAAUGACUAUGUGUACUGUCUAAAGCUGACUGUCAAAGAGGAAACAUAGAAGGAUGAGGUGUAUUUCUCUUUUUUAUAAUAAACACUGAUUGCUUUUCAAUCUGUGUCAGAGCCAGAGGGUGCUUUGGGAAAUAAGCUUUAAUUAAAGUUGAGGGAAAUAAUGAGUCUUCCAGUUCAGACAUCAGUAUUUAAUUUACAUUAUUCAUAACAUUUUGUGUCUCUUUAAGAAUUUUCUCAUGAAUAUCUCUAAGUGGGACAAAAAAAGUGCAAAUAAUACCAAACAUUUUUUCUUGUUACAUAUAACACUGCGUACACUACACUAUUGUGCACGACCAACGUUAGAAACAAAAUGACAAAGUGACUCCUUCUGAACGAAGCUCCGGUGACGCCUUCCACUUCCAUACAGUACAUACUUACAUACAUACAGAUCGUUAAGUUGAGUGGCAGGAAAUGAGAAUGCUUGAGGGCUUCUUUUUUCCUCCAUUCACAGAGGAAAUGCUUACAUCAUUAUGUAAGAUCAUAUCACAUUUACGAGGAAGUGAUGGCGUAAGCCUACAAACACAAGUGUGUUACGGGAGGACGGCUACGAGAAUUGUAUGUUACAGCAAGCAGGUGUUGUGUCUGUCUCCAUUAGCAAGAAGAAAAAAAAUCCAAGUCACAUCGUCACACAGCUGUGAGGGUAAUGUGUGGCUCACUGUAAAUGCCCAGUAACACUUGUGGUCUUCAGUGCUGUGUUUAGGUGCACCCACCGUGUGAUCAUGACAGAUUCUAGGUUACUUUAAAAUGGCAAAAAUUGUACAAUAGCCUGUUUGACAGCUAUCACAGUCGUCACGGACACAGUGAGAAGUGUUAUGCUAAGGUUGUGAGUAUGAGUAAAAAAAAAAAAAAAGGCUUCUUUUGUACAUGACAAACAAGGCUCAGAGGAGAUACAGUAUUCUUCACAUAAAUAAUACCAACGCAUGUAACACUUCCAUCAGAUGCAGAUUCAACAGGGUCAUGUCGAGUUAUUGUUACUGGUAGCCCUUAAAACACGAUUCAGACAGUUACCCUCUGUUGAUUAAACACUGUCACAUGUCAGAGCUUCACCUCUCUACUAAAGACACCUUUUAUUGUGUUGAGCGAAUGAUUUAUUUACAACCAUGGUGACACAGUUGGCUACAAAAUAAAAUAAAAAAAAAACAAAAUCGGGGUUGGCUAUUGCGAUGGCCAGCCGUGGUUGUGAUUGGCUGCUGCCCCCCCAGACUGUGACAUGUUCGUUCUAUCUGUGGGACAUUAUACUUUGUGUGUUUGUAUACAGUAUGUGCAUGCGCGCAACAAUUGUUUACAUAUAUCUGUGCGAUUGUAUUGGAAUAUUUGGAUGUGAAGCGCACUUUAACAUGAUAAUAGUACCAGCCAGUGUGUGUGCGGGGUUGCGAGGUGAUGGAGGGCUUUACUUGUUUCACAGUCAGGAGGGUUUUCAUGGAGGGCAGAGGGGGGACGGGGUGAUGGUGACUCUCCAGGUGCUUCAGAGUCUGUGGGCAGUGUGCAGUCUCG